AUGGUGAAAGAAAAUGAUUCCACAGUGACUGAGUUUGUUCUCCAGGGACUGACAGACAAACUAGAACUCAAGUCGCCCCUUCUCCUCCUGUUCCUGGGCAUCUAUGGGGUCACUGUAGUGGGAAACCUGGGUAUGAUCUUCCUUACCACUUUCAAUUCUAAGCUCCAAUCUCCUAUGUACUUUUUUCUGGGUAAUUUGUCAGUCAUAGAUCUCUUUUAUUCUUCAGUGAUUACUCCCAAACUCCUGGAAAACUUCAUAUGGGACAAAAAUAUCAUUUCCUACUCUGGAUGUAUGGCUCAACUUUUUUUCUUUUGUGUUUUUGUUACUGCUGAAUCCUAUAUGCUGACUGCUAUGGCUUAUGAUAGAUAUGUAGCUAUCUGUUGUCCACUGCUAUACAGUGUCACCAUGUCUCAAAAGGUCUGCAACAUGCUGGUGACUGGCUUAUUUAUGAUGGCAAUUUUUGGAGGCUUAACUCACACAAUAUUCAUGAUGAGGCUUUCCUUCUGUGGUGAUAAUAUCAUCUACCAUUACUUCUGUGAUGUGAUUCCUCUCCUAAAGCUCUCGUGCUCCAGUACUUACAUCAAUGAACUUCUGGUGGUACUUCUGGGUGGAUUCAAUAUGUUAGUAACAACUGUGCCCAUCAUGGUCUCUUACGUCUUCGUACUCUCCAACAUACUUCAAAUACCUUCAGCUGAGGGCAAGUCCAAAGCCUUUAGUACCUGUGGUUCUCAUCUUAUAGUUGUUGUUUUUUUUUAUGGAUCCAUCAUAUUCAUGUAUUUUAAACCAGCAUCCAGCAGCAGUAUGGGCCAAGAGAUGGUGGCCUCUGUCUUUUACACCACAGUCAUUCCUAUGCUGAACCCUUUGAUCUACAGCUUGAGGAAUAAGGAUGUAAAAGAUGUACUGAAAAAAGCCAUGGAUAUGACAUAUAGACCACUCCAGGUUAGAAGUAAGAACCACUAA